CAAAGAUGGCGGAGCAAGGGCCAAUGGCGAUAGCUAUGCGGCUAAGAAAUCAACUCCAGACCGUAUAUAAGCUCGACCCUUUACGAAAUGAGGUAGGUGCCAAUUAAUUUCGGACUCCAUAGACUCGACAAGACCAGUAAGAAUUGUUUGAGUUAAUUAGAGCUGGAUAUAGCUACAUAACUAUGACGAGGAAAAGCAGCAACGCGAGCGCUUCCUCCUGUCCCCAAAGUGAUGGAGCAAGAGCUGCCUACGUGUGCGCAGGCGUGUGUGGAAGAGUCUACCCGUGUUUUCUGUGCAGCUACUGCAAGGUCCUUCGUGCAAAUGGAUAAAUUAACCCCCCCCCUACAUGAUUAGUUAAAAUACGAAUUUGCGUUUUGCCUUAAUGAAUAUUAGUUUAUAGGUAGCUAGUAGCUAGCUAAUUGUGUUUGCUAGGCUAGCUAGCUUCUGGUGACGGACUUGUCGAAGCUGGCUUGUAAAGUGACUAAUAUUUCUCUUACCUGUGUCCUUUAUUUGCAAUUUCAUGUGUAGCGUACUGGGUUGCUAGCUAUAACUUACAAAUAAAGAUGUAUAGAUUCUACACUGUUAUUCUUGACAUUGUGUUCGCUAACGUUAGCAUAAUAGCUACUCGUCUACAAUGUUGCAGCCACCUGACACACCAACCUGCUAAAAAAAAUCUAAUUGUAUUGGUCGCAUACACAUAUUUUGCAGAUGUAGCGAAGCUCCAACAGUGCAGUAAGACCUAACAAUGCGAAACAAAACAAACAAAUCUCCAAAAUAAUAAUAAAGUAAGAAAUAUCAACCUAGUGGAAAAGAGCAAUCGACAUUAAUGUUUUCGAAUGAACUCAUCAGUCUGUCUACUCUAGAAUGUAAUAAUUCUAGCAUGUUUUUUUGUAUACAUGUUUUUACAUUGCUGCUGCUUGGAAAAAAAGUUAGAAACUGCAGGGAUACUUUCUACUCGAGAUUUCAAUAGCAACUUAUUAUUGUUGAAGGAGGAAGUCAAGUUGAAGAUCAAAGACCUGAAUGAACACAUAGUGUGCUAUCUCUGUGCUGGGUACUUCAUCGAUGCCACAACUAUUACCGAGUGUCUGCAUACAUGUAAGUGGGCCCAGCCUGUUUUUUCAAUGUUUUGGCUUAUGAAGUUCCCCCUCUGGGAAAUGGGCAAACUGUUAUAGACUUGUAUCCUAGCCAAUGAUUUAUAUAAACCCUGGAUUGCUGAUGCCAUAUUGGCACUCCUCAGAAGAAGCAGUCCUCCAUAGGAAUGAAUGGAAUUCUACAGUAUUUAAAUUAAAUGUUUCAAGGACAAAAUUACAUUUAUUUAAAGGGAUACUUUGGGAUUCUAUCUACUUCCCCAGAGUCAGAUGAACUCGUGGAUACCAUUUUGAUGUCUCUGUGUCCAGUAUGAUGGAAGUUGGAGGUAUUUUCGUGAGCCAAUGCUAACUAGCCUCAGCCAUUGCGCUAUUGAUACCCAUAGACUUCCAGCCGUUAGCGCAACUACUUCUAACUUUCCUUCAGACUGGACACGGAGACAUACAAAUGUUUUCCACGAGUUCAUCUGACUGGGGUAGUAGAUAAACCCUGAACUAUCCCUUUAAGUAUUUGUUGUUGUAGUGGGGACAGUAACAGAACUUUACAAAAAUUAUACUUUAAGGAAUAUAUAUAUAAAUGUAUAUAUAUACUACCGUUCAAAAGUUUGGGGUCACUUAGAAAUGUCCUUGUUUUAGAAAGAAAAGCAACUUUUUUUUGUCCAUUAAAAUAACAUCAAAUUGAUCAGAAAUACAGUGUAGACAUUGUUAAUGUUGUAAAUGGCUUUUGUAGCUGGAAACGGCUGAUUUUUAAUGGAAUAUCUACAUAGGCGUACAGAGGCCCAUUGUCAGCAACCAUCAGUCCUGUGUUCCAAUGGCACAUUGUGUUUGCUAAUCCAAGUUUAUCGAUUACAGGAUCAAAAUGGCCAGAAACAAAUAACUUUCUUCUGAAACUCGUCAGUCUAUUCUUGUUCUGAGAAAUGAAGGCUAUUCCAUGCGAGAAAUUGCCAAGAAACUGAAGAUCUCGUACAACGCUGUGUACUACUCCCUUCACAGAACAGCGCAAACUGUCUCUAACCAGAAUAGAAAGAGGAGUGGGAGGCCCCGGUGCACAACUGAGCAAGAGGACAAAUAUAUUAGUGUCUAGUUUGAUAAACAGACGCCUCACAGUUCCUCAACUGGCAGCUUCAUUAAAUAGUACCCGCAAAACACCAGUCUCAACGUCAACAGUGAAGAGGCGAUUCCGGGAUGCUGACCUAGGCAGAGUUGCAAAGGAAAAGUCCAGUGUCUGUGUUGUUUUGCCCAUCUUAAUCUUUUCUUUUUAUUGGCCAGUGUGAGAUAUGGCUUUUUCUUUGCAACUCUGUGUAGAAGGUCAGCAUCCCGGAGUCGGCUCUUCACUGUUGACGUUGAGACUGGUGUUUUGCGGGUACUAUUUAAUGAAGCUGCCAGUUGAGGACCUGUGAGGUGUCUGUUUAUCAAACUAGACACUCCAAUGUAUUUGUCUUCUUGCUCAGUUGUGCACCGGGCCUCCCACUCCUCUUUCUAUUCUGGUUAGAGCCAGAAUAGACUGACAAGUUUCAGAAGAAAGUUAUUUGUUUCUGGCCAUUUUGAUCCUGUAAUCAAACCCGAAUUGCUGAUGGGCCAGAUACUCAACUAGUCUCAAGAAGGCCAGUUUUAUUGCUUCUUUAAUCAGUACAACAGUUUUCAGCUGUGCUAACAUAAUUGCAAUAAGGUUUUCUAAUGAUCAAUUAGCCUUUUAAAAUGAUAAACUUGGAUUAGCAAACACAACGUGCCAUUGGAACACAGGACUGAUGGUUGCUGAUAAUGGGCCUCUGUACGCCUAUGUAGAUAUUCCAUAAAAAAUCGGCUACAAUAGCCAUUUACAUUAACAUGUCUACACUGUAUUUCUGAUCAAUUUGAUGGUAUUUUAAUGGACAAAAUUUGUUCUAAGUGACCCCAAACUUUUUACCGGUAGUGUGUGUGUGUAUAUAUAUAUAUAUAUAUAUAUAUAUAUAUAUAUAUUCAUUAUACUACCGGUCAAAAGUUUUAGAACACCUACUCAUUCAAGGGUUUUUUCUUUAUUUUUUUUACUAUUUUCUACAUUGUAUAAUAAUAGUGAAGACAUAAAAACUAUGAAAUAACACAUAUGGAAUCAUGUUGUAACCAAAAAAGUGUUAAACAAAACAAAAUAUAUUUGAGAUUCUUCAAAUAGCCACCAUUUGCCUUGAUGACAGCUAUGCAUACUCUUGGCAUUCUCUCAACCAGCUUCAUGAGUUGGUCACUUGGAAUGCAUUUCAAUUAACAGGUGUGCCUUGUUAAAAGUUUAUUUGUGGAAUUUCUUUCCUUAAUGCAUUUGUGCCAAUCAGUUGUGUUGUGACAAGGAAGGGGGGUAUACAGAAGAUAGCCCUAUUUGUUAAAAGACCAAGUCCAUAUUAUGCAGCUCAACAGCUCAAAUAAGCAAAGAGAAAUUACAGGCCAUCAUUACUGUAAGACAUGAAGGUCAGUCAAUACAGAACAUUGAGAACUGCAGUCGCAAAAACCAUCAAGCGCUAUGAUGAAAAUGGCUCUCAUGAGGACCGCCACAGGAAUGGAAGACCCAGAGUUACCUCUGCUGCAGAGGAUAAGUUCAUUAGAGUUACCAGCCUCAGAAAUUGCAGCCCAAAUAAAUGCUUCACAGAGUUCAAGUAACAGACACAUUUCAACAUCAACUGUUCAGAGGAAACUGUAUGAAUCAGGCCUUCAUGGUCGAAUUGCUGCAAAGAAACCACUACUAAAGGACCAAUAAGAAGAAGAAGAAGAGACUUUCUUCGGCCAAGAAACACGAGCAAUGGACAUUAGACCGGUGGAAAUUUGUCCUUUGGUCUGGAGUCCAAAUUGGAGAUUUUUGGUUCCAACCGCCGUCUUUGUGAGACGCGGUGUGAGUGAACGGAUGAUCUCCGCAUGUGUAUUUCCCACCGUAAAGCAUGGAUGAGGAGGUGUUAUGGUGUGGGGUUGCUUUGCUGGUGACACUGUCUGUGAUUCAUUUAUGAUUCAAGGCACACUUAACUAGCAUGGCUACCUCAGCAUUCUGCAGCGAUACGCCAUCCCAUCUGGUUUGGGCUUAGUUGGACUAUCAUUUUGUUUUUCAACAGGACAAUGACUUAACACAGCUCCAGGCUGUGUAAGGGCUAUUUUACCAAGAAGGAGAGUGAUGGUGUGCUGCAUCAGAUGACCUGGCCUCCACAAUCCCCCGACCUCAACCAAAUUGAGAUGGUUUGGGAUGAGUCGGACCGCACAGGGAAUGAAAAGCAGCCAACAACUGCUCAGCAUAUGUGGGAACUCCUUCAAGACUGUUGGAAAAACAUUCCAGGUGAAGCUGGUUGAGAGAAUGCCAAGAGUGUGCAUAGCUGUCAUCAAGGCAAAGGGUGGCUAUUUGAAGAAUCUCAAAUAUAAAAUAUAUUUUGAUUUGUUUAACACUUCUUUGGUUACUUCAUGAUUCCAUAUGUGUUAUUUCAUAUUUCUGAUUUUUUCACUAUUAUUCUACAAUGUAGAAAAUAGUAAAAAUAAAGAAAAACACUUGAAUGAGUAGGUGUUCUAAAAUGGUUGAGUGUAUGUGUGUGUGUGUAUGUGUUUAUAUAUAUAUAUAUAUAUAAACACACACACACACACUCUCUACCGGUCAAAAGUUUUAGAACACCUACUCAAGUGUUUGUCUACGUUGUAGAAUAAUAGUGAAGACAUCUGAACUAUGAAAUAACACAUAUGGAUUCAUGUAGUAACCAAAAAAGCGUUAAAUCAAAAUAUAUUUUAUAUUUGAGAUUCUUCAAAUAGCCACACUUUGCCUUGAUGACAGCUUUGCACACUCUUGGUGGGGGAGUGCCAGAUGGAGGUGCGGUGGCUUCAUAACAGCGCCCCUGUCAGUCAUCUAGUGUGUGUAUAUAAUUGGUCCCUGCCUACUUAUUACCUGUGAAUGCAUUUACAUUUACAGUCAUUUAGCAGACGCUCUUAUCCAGAGCGAAUGCAUACAGUUGUAUAGUACAUUUUAAUGUUAUUAUUAAAUAACAUCAUUCAUUUUCAAUGACAUUAAUGGCUAAUGUCUCUUCUGCUUCUAUUUCAGUCUGUAAAAGUUGUAUCGUGAAAUACCUCCAAACCAGCAAGUAUUGUCCAAUGUGCAACAUAAAGAUCCACGAAACACAGCCUUUAUUGAACCUGAAAUUGGAUAGAGUGAUGCAAGACAUUGUCUACAAACUGGUUCCAGGACUUCAAGAAAGUAAGUAGGCUAAUAGUUGUUCUCAUUUUGUUGCAUAGUACUUUAGUAAUGGUUUUGUUGUGACACAAGUCUAAUAAAGAACAGUCACUAUUUAUCCUGUGUACUUAGAAUAAAGCAGGUAGCUUAGUGGUUAAGAGCGUUGUGCCAGUAACCGAAAGGUCGCUGGUUCUAAUCCCCGAGCCAACUAGGUGAAAAAUCUGUCGAUGUGCCCUUGAGCAAGGCACUUAACCCUAAUUGCUCCUGUAAGUCGCUCUGGAUAAGAGCGUCUGCUAAAUGACGUAAAAUGUAAAAAAAAUUAAAAAUAAAAGCUCUCGACUCCUAAUUGUAACAGCGUUACUUAAACUGCAGGAGGAAGCAGCAUUAAAUUGUUAGCCAUUUAGCGUGGGUUGAUUUUUUUCAUUGAUAGUCCUUAUUAUGGGGUUCUUUGUAAACAGGUGAGGACAAGAGAAUAAAAGAAUUCUAUCAGUCGCGUGGGCUUGAGAGAGUUGUCCAACCCUCUGGGGAAGGUAAGCCUUUACAGGGGAAAAAAAAAUCUAAUUUCAAGUUUGGUGUCAUGAUAUGUUAUUAGUUUUACAUGGUAUCUGUGUGUGUCACCCGUAGACUCCAUACCAGAUGCUACAGGAUUACCUUUCACCACCUUUGACCAUUCCAAGGCCCACUUUUACAGAUACGAUGAGCAGGUCUCGCUUUGUCUAGAGAGGCAAAGGUACGUUUUCGUGUCAUGCCUUGACAAAACUACAGUAAGUACUGUCUAUUCUCAGACCACUGGACUGUAAGCAAAUUAUAUUUCAAGUGGUGGAUUAUCACUGAUAGACUUAAAAGUGUGGAAGUUCAGUCUGUUGGUUCUAUAUCCCCAAUCAGUGUUUCCUAUAGCUGGUAAUUUACAUAUUUUGUCCAUGAAAAAUACAUUAAGCCAACAAAUAAAAACAUUGCUAACACAGAAUAUAUGCUAAAGAAAAAGAAAUAUCAUCUAAAAAUCACAUUUGCUCUGCAUGGAAAUUGGUUCAGGGUGUCAAUCACAUCUCUCUACUCUGCCUGUCUCCUUUUCCUGUCUGUAUUGAGCUCACUCACUCACUCACUCACACAAACUUGCAACAUUGUAUCAACUGGUAUUGGCCUGCAGAGGUUUCCCGCACCAGUGAGUCCAUGACAGGGGGAGAAGUGUUCAUGUAUUUUAUGACGUUUUGCUAGAUUUAUCUCCCUAAAAGAAUUUACAGAAAUGUAAUAAGUUUAGGUAUUUAAGUAAAGUAAUCUUGCUUCCCUCUUCCUCUAAUCUAAUGUCUGGUCAAGUAGCCAGCAUAAAUGCUAAAAUAGUGCAAAUCAAGCUAGCUGGUUGGCUAAUGUACCAAGGAUGGAAGCACAAACAAAUGGGGAAAUAAAGUGCCACUUAAACCGAGCAUAUUGACAAGCAUAGCUGCUGGAGUGGGGGUGCUGAGGGUGCUGCAGCACCCCUUGAAAAAUCAGAAUAAAUCAAAUAACAAGUUUAUCGUAUUAGCGGACCAAUAUAGCCAUCUGUAGGGGGCAAAUAAUUUUAUUCCGGGCCCCACCUCCAAAUAUCUUCCUGCGGCUAUGUUGACAAGCCAGCGAGACCGGGGGAGACGUACAGUGCCAGUCAAAAGUUUGGACACACCUACAAGGGUUGUUCUUUAUUUUUACUAUUUUCUACGUUGUAGAAUAAUAGUGAAGACAUCAAAACUAUGAAAUAACACAUAUGAAAUCAUGUAGUAACCAAAAAAGUGUUAAACAAAUCAAAAUAUAUUUGAGAUUUGAGAUUCUUCAAAGUAGCCACCCUUUGCCUUGAUUACAGCUUUGCACACUCUUGGCAUUUUUUUUGCAAGGAACCAAUGUUCACUUUGUAGGCUAUUAUUUCUCCUCCUUGCAUAGCUCAAUAGUCAUUGUCACUUCCAUAUCAGCAGUGGGCACUCCUACAAAAUCCUUAUCCUACACAUGGGUUGGACUCAAAUGGGUUUGUAUUACAUAUAGUUGAUAAAUCUAAUUUAUUCAGCAAAUAAAAAAUCUGGCACAAAUGGUUCUAUGCUGUCCUCAAUGAAGUCUGUUGAAAAUGCCCCUUAAAAUCCCUCUGUGUGUCAUGCUUAAUCAUGUAUUCUCUCGUCCCUGCAGUUUAUCUCUGUCUGGAAAAAAAGAUAAGACCAAACUGACUCUUCAGGUAAGUCAGGUGGGUAAUCGAUCUGCACCCUGCCACCAGAGGUCUCUGUUGGUUUAACUUGCAGUGGUCUGUUCUGUUUGGAUUGAGAGGAAAAAACAAAGAUGUCUCCAUAAACAAUGCUUCUGUUAAGUGUCAAUUGCUUUUGCAAUUGUUUAGUUUGAGUGCAUUUGUCAGUCCCUACUAGAAUUGCCCACAAAUGUUUUGGUAUUUGUUUAUUUACAUAAUCAUUUGGAAUCAUAUGUGUGUUGAAGUGUGAAAUUGGUAGUUGUAGUAAUGUUGUGGAAAUGUUGCUCUGCCUCGUCUCUGCAGCAGAAGUUUGUGCGCUGCUCGGUCCGAGCCGAGGUGAGACACCUGCGUAAAGUGCUGUGUCAUCGACUGAAUGUGGAGAAGCACCAGGUCAGUCUACCCUCUAGCAAGACUACAUUUAAGCACAUUUAAGAGGGCCAUUUCAGCCCCGUGUGCACUUUUUGUAAACAGUCCAAAACGCAGGAACCACAUCUUAUGAUUAUAAAAAAAGUGUAGCCUAUUAGAUCACAAUCUCUUGUUGUGCAACUUUUUUCAGUUCUCUUGAGUGCUUUGAAUAUUAUACACACAACAAGUUUAGCACAUUUGAGUCAGCAUGUGAAUGUUUGAGAAUUGAGUGCCAUUAUACAGUUCACCAAGGACCAGUUGUUAUGUUUUGUCCUCUAUGUGUGGUCUCCAUUGCUCCACAGGUCCAGAUGUUGUUCAAUAAUGAGUCCCUUCCAGAUCACAUGACCAUGAAACGGCUGUGGCUCUCUCACUGGUUUGGCAAGGUACUGUGCUCUCAAGUUGAGCCAACAAUUUCAUACUGA